AUGUCGGCGAGCGAGCCUUCCAAGACGCAAGAUCCGAAGGAGGAGGCGAGCUCCAGCGAGGACGAGGAGCCCAUCGCCAAGCGGGUGCAGCCCAAGACCAAAGCGGCGAAUGGGACCCCCGCGACGCCAUCCCGCGUGAUGCCGCGGCGCGGCGCGGCGCGGAAGGUGUACCGCGAGGCGACGAGUUCGGACGAGGACGAGGACGACGAGGACGACGAGGACGGCGCGGAGGCCUCGAGCGACGACGACCGGCCGAUCAGUGCACGGAAGGCGGCGACGCCGAAGAAGCGCAAGGCCGCGAAGGGCGGGCGGCGGUCGUCGGGGAGCCGGGCGUCGAAGCGCGCGCGCCGGUCCACGGCGGGCAACCCCGAGGCGGACGGGCAGGGGGGUAGUAAGAAGUGGGACACCCUCCACCACCAGGGGGUGUUGUUCCCGCCGGAGUACGAGCCGCACGGCGUGAAGAUCCUGUACGACAACGAGCCGCUGGCGCUGACGCCGGAGGAGGAGGAGGUGGCGACGAUGUUCGCGAUGAUGCGCGAGACGGAGUAUAUGAACAAGCCGACCUUCAUCAACAACUUCUGGGAGGACUUCAAGGAGAUCCUGGGCCCGCGGCACAAGAUCCAGAGCCUGGAGAAGUGCGACUUCACGCCGAUCUGGGAGUGGCACCUCGCGGAGAAGGAGAAGAAGAAGAACCUGACCAAGGAGCAGAAGGCGGAGAUCAAGCGCAAGAAGGAGGAGCUCGAGGAGCCGUACAAGUUCGCGCUGGUCGACGGGCACAAGGAGAAGCUGGGCAACUUCCGCGUGGAGCCGCCGGGGCUGUUCCGGGGCCGCGGGGAGCACCCGAAGAUGGGCAAGCUCAAGAAGCGCAUCAAGCCGAGCGACAUCACGCUCAACAUGUCCAAGGACGCGCCCGUGCCGGUGCCCAACAUGUACCAGGACGUGCCCUGGGCGGGCGUGCGGCACGACAACACGGUCACGUGGCUGGCGUACUGGAAGGACCCCAUCAACCCCCGCGAGUACAAGUACGUGUUCCUGGCGGCGGACUCGCGCUGGAAGGGGGAGUCCGACCUGCUCAAGUACGAGAAGGCGCGCAAGCUCAAGGACUUCAUCGGGGACAUCCGGAAGGACUACACCGCGAAGUGGGGCAGCAAGUCGCGGCGGGACCAGCAGAUGGCGGUCGCGACGUACUGGAUCGACGUGCUCGCGCUGCGUGCGGGGCACGAGAAGGAGGAGGACGAGGCGGACACCGUCGGCUGCUGCACGCUCAAGGUGGAGAACGUGGAGCAGGUGCCCCCGCAGAGCAUCAAGUUCGACUUCCUGGGCAAGGACUCGAUGAAGUACGAGAACGUCGUCGAGGUCGAACCCGCGGUGUACGAGCUCAUCGGGUGCUGGCGCGAGAAGGACGAGGCGGGGAAGAAGAAGAAGCCCGGCGACCAGCUGUUCGACACGUUCAUCGCCCAGGACCUGAACGAGCACCUGAAGACGCUCAUGCCGGGGCUGAGCGCCAAGGUGUUCCGCACGUACAACGCGUCGAUCACGCUGGACCGGCUGCUGCGGGAGUACGAGGCCGCGCAGCCGGGCCUGAUGGACAAGCUGGUCGACGAGAAGAAGGCCGAGUACGACCGCGCGAACAAGGAGGUGGCCAUUCUGUGCAACCACCAGCGGACGGUGCCCAAGGCGCACCAGUCGCAGAUGGAGAAGCUCCAGGCGAAGCGCAAGCAGAUGGAGGACGAGCUCAAGGCGCUGGAGGAGGACCUGGCGGCGGCGAAGGCGGGCAAGGAGGUGGAGCGCGAGGGCAAGGACGGGAAGAAGGUGACGCGGACGCUGAACCCGGACACGGUGGCGGGGCAGAUCAAGCGGAAGAAGGCGAGCCUGGAGAAGCUGCGGAUCAACAUGCUCGUGAAGGAGGACCUCAAGACGGUCGCGCUGGGCACCUCCAAGAUCAACUACAUGGACCCGCGCAUCACCGUCGCGUUCUGCAAGCGCGCCGAGCUGCCGAUCGAAAAGGUCUUCGCGAAGACGCUCACGGCCAAGUUCAACUGGGCCAUGGACGUCGACCCGGAGUUCCGCUUCUGA